AUUAUAGGUACCACGAUAUGGCAGAUGUUAUCGACUUUCUUGUGCUGCGUCAACAUUACGACAUUUCAAUGCAGCGUGAUUGGAAGGCGGGUGACCGGUUCCGCGCAAUGAUUGAUGAUGCAUGGUGGCUUGGAACGAUUGCAUCCCAAGAACCAUUUCAAGAAGACUAUCCAGACAGCAUGUUUCAGUGUUUUAAUGUGAAUUGGGAUAAUGGAGAAAAAGAAAAGAUGAGUCCAUGGGAUCUGGAACCUUUGGAUGAAGACAACAUCCCUGAAGAAGUUGGUGGCAGUGUCCCAUUGAACGAUGAAGAACUCCGCCAGAUGUUGUACUCUCCAGAAAAUGGAGAGUGGGGCAAGAGAGACCAGGACACCGAAUGUGAUAGAAUCAUAGCUGGGAUAGAUCAAGUGUUACUCCUUAGCGAGGCAGAACCUUUUAGUACGCCCGUGGAUUUGGAUCAAUACCCGGCUUACGCUUACGUUGUUCCAUAUCCAACGGACUUAAAUAGCAUCAUGUCAAGAUUGGAGAAAAGGUUCUACAGGAGAAUAUCAGCAUUGAUUUGGGAGUUACGACUUGUAGAACAAAAU